CCAAAAAUGGUGAAUGGUGUUGUGUGGGAAUAGAGUAUAACUCGCACGGUUAUUUUUUAAGUCUACUCGCAGUCACACUGUUUUGAAAAUGUAUUAGAUUAAAAUUUGUACAAAUGGGGAAAGAAGAUCAUCGCUUGAGUUCUUCCAAAAGGCUAAAGCCGCCGCAUCAUUCCUACUUAGCAAGAUAUAAAGACUACCCGUUUACUCACUCUAUUUCCAAUUCUGAGACGUCAAAAAAGCAUAAUGAUAUUGAUGAACAGAGGUGCAAUGUUAAUAUCCAUAAACUCCAGUUCAGCCGCACGAGAAAUAUUGACACACAAAAAUCAAAAUAUUUGUAUAUUACUACAUCGCCCAACGACGGGGCAAAAAAAGGUAAAAGGCGACGCAAUAGUGAAACAUCCAGUGAUGAGGAGCGGUGGCUUACUGCCAUAGAAACUGGAAAACUGGACGAUGUUGAUGAAGAGCUGAGGAAAAUCAAAGAUCCCAAGUUGAUGACAGCUCGUCAACGUGCUAUGUAUGAGCGAACACAGGAUACCGAUAUAAAUGGCUUUGUUGAAGAGCUAAUUGCUCUUCCUAGUGGUUAUAAAGAAAAGGAAAAACCUCAAACGGCGGAGGAAAUUCAAAAGGCUGUACUGAAAUCCCAGAAACGAAAACAGCAAGCUGACGAACGACGGGAGAAGGAUAAACAAAAAACGAUGGAACGCUUGUUAAAAAAACAGGAGACUAACAAACGUCAGUCGUUAAUUCGUAAUAAAAGACUACUAAAGUACUCUUCUCCAAAAAUAACCUAUGUAAGUGCUGUUAAAGGUAACUAUAUAAGUGUCCCGCCAGGUGAAGAGUUUCCUCUAUUGGCACAAUUACCUCGCACGCCGCCUCUGGAACAGUUAUGCUAUGUUAGCGGAUGUGAAAAUCGAAAGGCUUACAACUGCUCCACCACAAAAGUACCCUUAUGUAGUCUUAAAUGUUAUCGUAAAAAUAUUGUACAACAUUUCAACCAAUAAAUAGAGACAAAAUGUUUUAAUAAUGAUUCACACAAAAA